AGCUAAACAACUGAAAGUGGAAAGCUGCUAUAUACCAUUAAAGAAUGGGAGAUGUGAAGAAUGAGACAAGGUUGCAUCUCACACCGGACACGCCUGGGCGGCCUCCUGUCUCAAAUCCUUUUGAGAGUCCCAGCGAUUAUGCAAGAUUACACAAGCCGGUGGUUCCCAGCCCCUCCGUCUUCAGAUUGGUGAAAACCCCUGAUUCUGAAACUCCUGGAAAAUUUAGAUGGUCCAUCGGGGAGCUUGCCAUUUUACAUCCAAUUGAUAUUGAUCCAGAAGAUGUUCAUCAGCAAUCGGCAUAUAUGAGCUGCACCAGAUUAGAUAAUGAGAUUGAGGCAAGAAACCAAAAAGCCAUUGAAGAGUUUUUUUUGAAUAGUGUCAUUGUACCUUCUCCUUGGACUCAAACUGAGGGGAAACCAAUUACACAGUCUCAUCGAACCAAGUGUUCAUCUUGGAAUAGGGAUUCUUCACGUAACUCUAAAAAAUCUGAUGUGUUGCCUGGGAAGCAUAAUGCAGCUUGUCAGACCUUGUUAUCGUUACCUGUGGACUUUGAUCUAGAAAAAAUAAUAGGUGAAUACUAUAAAUCAGAAGAGUCUGCAGACCAGUCACAUGAGAGUUUGAGUGCCUCUUCGCUUCGGAGGAAGCUAUUUAUAGAUGGUGAAAGAAGUUACUCUGAUAGUUCUUCCCUCCCAUCUCCAGAGCAAAGUCCUUGUGCUGACCCUAUCCAAUCCCAUGGACAUGUGUGUUCACUGGAGUCUUCUCCAGUUCUGUGUAAGAGCACCAUAAAAACUCCUAGUUCUGGGCAAUUUUCAUCAAGUCCCAUCCAAGGUGCAGGAAGGGCAUGCAGUUUAGGGAGCAUUACAAGCCCCAUGUUUCCAGAGAAGUCUUCUCCUAAUCUUGCAUCACCACCUUUGUCUCCGAUUGGACUUCAGUUUGACAAAAUUCCAGUUUCAGAAGGAGAGGACCUCGCUUUCAUGUCUCCUGUCGCUCCUUCUGCGGUGAUCUUGGGUGGGAACUUCGACCACUGUACAGAAUCUCCUUUCAUAGAAGGAUGUUCACCCAUUAAAAUAUGCCCUCCUGUGAAUCCCCGGCUUCACAACAUUCUUUGUCACACCCCUCCUGAUAAGAUAACUUUUCCACAUGAAUGCAAAGAUGAACAGAGAACUCGGUCUACAGCAGAAGCUAACAAUGAGCCUGAGAUGGAUGCAAAGUUGGUUCUUGAAGCGGACAAUAAAGCAAAUUGUAUUAUAUCUCACAAUCUCUUGGUCAAUGAAAACAUAAUGGCCCUUGAAGAUGGGAACGAGGAUCAUACUGUUGAUAUGGCAGAUCUAGGAACAAAUGAAGGGUGUGAUAGCAUUUGGAUGAAGGAAAAUGUUACAAAUAUUAGUUCAGUGACUGGAAUUGCAUUUAAUGUGGAUAGCCCUCGUCUGUAUUUGUCACCGCUAGCAGAAAGCAGUGCUAUUCCUCUUGAGAGCAUUAGUAUCCAGGCUGAUAGUGGAUAUAAUACACAAACCACGUGUGUGAGUAGCAUAGGAGAUGCUAUUGGAACAGAUAGCCAGCUUGAUAAAGAGCAUUUAGAACCACAGACACUAGUUGGAACUCUACCUCUAAAUAAGCUUGAUCCAAAACCUCUUAAGGAUUUCCCUGCUUCGGAGUGUAAGGAGAACAAAGACGUAUUAGGAAUAAACUCAUCUGUUAAUUUAAAUAAGCCUUUUCCCAUCCAUAGGCUGCGUGUAACUCAUGAUAUGGUGUUAAGCCAGAACAUUUGCUACUUGAAUACCUGGAAGAAUCCCUGUGAACAAACAUUAAGUAGAAUACUGAAAAAGAAUGCAAGAUUUUCUCCACCUCAACGACAUGAGAAGUCAUCUUGUUUUAUAAGACAACCCCUUGAAAUGACAGUGGAGGAACCUGAACCCAUCGGUGAUAGCUCUAUGUCCUUAUUUUAAAUAAGUCCAAGUGGCCCUUUUGAAGCUAGAGUUUGUCUUUUGACUAUGAAUGUAAAAUCCACAGUAAAGGUCUGUUUGGUUCACCAGUAAUCUGAAACUAUAAAGAAUAAGUGGCAAAAAAAAUUCUAAUCAGCACUUCUAAAAAUGUUAAUUGCAUGUAGUUAAAAGAAAAGCUAUUUAUAAAGUACCUGAAUUUACUGAUCAGUUGCUCUAUCAUCCAUAAAUCAUGCACAAAGCAAUUGCAAUCUUGUAUUUUUCAUACAAUCUGAUACAUCAGCAAAUACCCCCAUUGUCCAGCUUGUCAACUAUGUUCUUAUAGCCUGGCAUGUAUUGUACUUUAACCUAAAUCAUCUUAUGUACUGUAUAUACAGAAGGAAUUAAGAAUAUUUUUUUAUAUGAUGUAAGAUCAAUGGCAACUUACCAUCUUUUCAAACACCUACCAUUACAUCUAAAUCACGAUCUUCACACAGAGAAGCAAGUUCUUCAAUGCACAGAAAAACUGGUACAAUCAUGUAUGAAUAUGAAAAAAAAUGGCUUUUAAAAGAUUCUGGUUUGAAUUUUGCUUCUGAUUUCAGUGAAUAUUUUAAAAUAGCAAAAAAAAAUCCAAUGUUUACAUUUUAGACCCACCGGUCUACUUAUGAUGGUCUACUUGCAAUAUUUGAUACUGAAAAAUAACCACAUGUGCUUUUUAAAAUCUCAAUAUUUAAUAAAAAGUUCUGAAUCUUUUAUUUUUAAACUUUC